AUGUGCAAUGAUAACUUUCCAGAUGAGAGACUAGAACAGUGGAAUGAGAAAGCCUGCAAAUGUGACUGCCUGACAGAAACUCCAAAUUCCUUGUGGUCUCUAAGUGUAACUACUCUAGACUGUAUGCCAGAGUGUCCAUAUCACAAACCCCUUGGGUUUGAGUCCGGAGCAGUUACUGCCGAUCAGAUCUCAUGUGCUAAUGGAGAUCAGUAUACUGGAUGGUAUUCCUCAUGGACUGGGAACAAGGCACGGCUUAAUAGUCAGGGCUUUGGAUGUGCAUGGUUAUCUAAAUUCCAGGACACCAGCCAGUGGCUUCAGAUCGACCUAAAAGAGAUCAGAGUGAUUUCAGGCAUCCUGACUCAGGGGCGAUGUGAUGCUGAUGAGUGGAUGACGAAGUACAGCAUACAAUACAGAAGUGACGAAAAUCUGAGCUGGGUGUAUUACAAAGACCAGACAGGAAACAAUAAGGUAUUUUAUGGAAACUCAGAUCGCUCAUCCACCGUGCAGAACUUCCUUCGUCCUCCAAUUGUUGCACGUUACAUCCGAAUGAUUCCACUUGGCUGGCAUGUCCGCAUAGCCAUCAGACUGGAGCUGCUUGAGUGCAUGAAGAAAUGCAUGAUGCCUUAA